UGGACCCGGUACUACACCACCAGGACGAGAGUCCGUCGACUGGAAGGAGAAUCCGGAGAUCAAGGCCGAGACGGGCGCUGUCGACCACGGCGAUGAUCCCAAUGCUGGUGCCAUGGACAAGCAGCUGAGGCUAGUGGUCACUGGGUGCUAUUCGCUCCAAGGCCGCCGCGAGCAAGACCCCGAGGACAUCACCGACAGCAGGACCUUGAAGGGCGGCGCAGGGGACAGUCAGCAAUUGGCGGGCAGCGAACUGGCAUCCAACGGCGUCGCCAGUGACGCCCGCAAGGCCAAAGCACCUGCUGCUGAGGCGAAGCAGAAUGGUGCAGAACGGAGCGUACAUAAUGUUGGAAAACCGUACCAAUGCGAAAUAUGCAAGCAUUGUUUUGCUAUCAAAUGUAACCUUGUCGCACACAUGAGGACACACACUGGGGAGAGACCUUACCAGUGCGACAUCUGCAAGCAUCGUUUUGCUAUAAAAAAAACUCUUGUCGAACACAUCAGGACACAUACUGGGGAGAGACCUUACCAGUGCGACUACUGCAAGCAUCGGUUUGCUGUAAAAAAAACUCUUGUCACACACAUCAGGACACACACUGGCGAGAGACCGUACAAUUGUGACGAUUGCAAGCAGCGUUUUGCUUCCAAACGUACUCUUGUCGCACACAUAAGGACACACACUGGGGAGAGACCAUAUCACUGUGAAUCCUGCAAGCAACGAUUCACACAAAGAUCUCACCUUGUUAAACACCUAAAAAAACACUCUUGCGAAAAGGCAUAGUAUUGCAGCUGAUGGGUAAAACGGAUUUCACGUCAAUUGAAAGUUAUCGCUUUUAAUACUUUUAAACUAACUGCAGUUAAAAUCACCUUGGAGAUCUUUUAAAGGCAAGUAAAUUUAGGUCUGAGCCACGAUAUUGCCAAGACAUUUCGUCUUACUGUCUUUUGUGAAAGAUAAACUGGCUCAUAAUACGUGAACGACGGUCUUUUGUACCUCUCUAGUGUUUCAAUAAGUCUCGAAUUAUUGUAUUUUGCGUUC